GGCUGGGGGGCCAGCCUGUCCGCUGGCAGAGGCCUUACACCAAGCUGUGAAGAUGGCAGGGGCUCUGGGGCUGUUACGGGGGCGGGUGGCCGGGGCUCUGUGGCCAGACUAGGCGAGUAGGCUGGUCCCGUCUGACCUUUAAGUCUCUAGGCCCAGGGGUGGCCAAGCUGAGAAGGAGCCAGAAUUUACCAAUGUGCAGUGCCGAAGAGCCACAGUAAUACAUCAGCAGCUCUCCCCAUGCCCAGCGUCUCCCACCCCGGGGCAGCCCCAGGAGUCAGUGCUGCCCCCUCCCUACAUCUCCCGACCAGCUGUUCCCUGGUGUGCAGGAGGCUCUGGGGAGGAGUGAGGGCAUGGCAGGCUCAGCGGAGGGGGUGGGAAGGGAUUGAGUGGGGGCAGAGCUGGGGAGUGAGCAGUGAGCGUCCCUCAGCACUCUGGAAAGUUGGUGCCUGUAGCUCCAGCCCCAGAGUCAGUGCCUGUACUAGGAGCUGCAUAUUUACUUCUGGCUCCGGAGCCCCAGGCUGGCCACCCCUGCUCUAUCCCCUGGGAUCCCCGAAGGAUAUGAUUCGGCUCCAGCUCCCAUUUAGGAGACUUCUCCAACCUGCACCAGUCCGUCCUAGUGGUGUGGCCUGACUAAAAUCAGAUCAACAGCAGGCAGUGUCACUGUGAAUAUAAAUGACUUAGCAUUUAUUUACGUUUGAAUGCCAGUGCCAUCUGUUUAAAAUUUGAAAACAAAACUGAUCUUUGAUCCAAGUUGUAGAUUUAACUAUGGCAUUUCUUUCUUAGUGCCUCAGCAUUUUUCAGGCUGCCAGUCAAUGGGAUGCAUCUGAUGACAUAUAUUCGUAUCUGUGAUGGCUAAAAGUUAAAAAUAUCCUUCAGUUAAGUGACAUAGUGUUAUUUAAACAAAACAAAAUACCUGUAAUAUAUGUUUUCUUUGUAUGUGACUAGUGGCAAGAGGAUAGAGGCACCAAACUGACAUUUCACUAAAUCUCUCAGUUCUAUGAUGCUGUUGGGAAAGUUCAUACAACCAGUGCUCAGCUUAAAGAAACUAUCACCCCCAGGUGCACGCAGGCACUUCUGGGGAUGGCUGAAUGCAGUUUUUAACAAGGUAGACUAUGAACGUAUACAGGCUGUUGGCCCUGAUAGAGCAGCUUCUGAAUGGCUUCUGCGGUGUGGGGCGCUGGUUCGCUUCCAAGGCUAUGAUAAAUGGCAGCAUGACUACAAUGGUCUCCCAACAGGGCCUUUAGGAAAAUACAAGAUACAAGCAAUCGAUGCCACAGAGUCCUGCAUCAUGUACCGAGGAUUUGAUUAUUUGGAUGGUCUCAAACACGUUGAAGAAAUUAAGCUGAGCAACUGUAUUUAUAUCCAGGAUGAAUGUCUGCAGAGGAUCAGUGAGACUGAGAGUUUACGGAAAAGCCUCCUGCGACUGAUGAUAAUUUCCUGUGGGAAUGUCACAGAUAAAGGCAUCAUAGCACUCCACAAACUAACGAACCUUGAAUAUUUAUUUCUGAGUGAUCUUCCUGGGAUAAGAGAGAAAGAAACUACUGUUCAGAUCCUUAAGAAAUCAAUGCCAUCACUGGAGCUGGAAUUAGAUUUAGAAUAAAGGCAUCUUUAUGUCA